CCGGCAACGCUGGAUCCUUAACCCACUGAGCAAGGCCAGGGAUCGAACCCACAACCUCAUGGUUCCUAGUCAGAUUCGUUAACUACUGAACCACGAUGGGAACUCCUGAUGCAUUCUUGAAUUAACAAGGUCUUUAGGAAACAUAAAGUAUAUUUAGUUUAUUUUUUUCUUAUUAAAUGGAAAGGUUCUUGAAAGUAUGGACCCUGUCAUUAAUUCUGGGUGUUAGAGAACAUUAUAGGUUAUUAACCACGGAUAAAUUCCUGAAGAAUUCCUGAGCAGUGCUGAUGGCAGAAUUUUAAAACAUGCAAGUCUUUGUACCGUUCAUUUAUACAGUUCAGAUCUAUGGAGAUUUUUCGUGAAGGAGAAGUAAAAGACGUGAAUGGGGAAGGAAGUCAGGUCAUGUAAGCAAUUUUGGAUCAGGAGAAAAGGUAGAUCAUUAUGAGGGAGACCAAAUGUUGUAAAAGAAAGAGAACUGGAGAGAUGAAAGAUAGAUAUGGUGCCAUAGACCAAAACAUGAAAGUUUAAGAUUUCAAAGAUGAGAUAGUGGAACUUAAGUGAUAAGUUCCAAGAUAUGUCUUUGAACAUGUGUUACUAGAAACAGUGAAAGAAGAGAGUUCAAGAAAGGCUGAGGUUGAGGGUUUUUAGACAUAAAAGUUAGCAUGCUGAAAGGCAAGAGCUGGGAUACAGGAAAAACACUGAACAUGGCACCGAAGUUCUCAAUAAAUGGCUGAGCAUGACAGCAUUGAGAAGGGGUAGAGAGUGAUAUACUCCUAUGGCAUGAUCUCAAGGAAGAACAAACUUAAGCAUGAAACAGGAACAGCAGUAGUAAUGGGAACAGCCUUAGGAUGUCUGGAAACUGCCUCAGGAGAGAAUGUAAAGCCUCUGUUCCCACUGUGUGAUGGAAAAACUGUGCUGGAGAAGAGCUGGGUUGCGUUUAAAGAAAGCACGUGAAUAGGUAUUCUGUAAAAAGGUUAAGGAUCUAGGGGAAUUUAUAACAGAAAAAGUUCUAGUGAACACAAUGGAAAGAAUUGAGAUAAUGAGUUAAAUAGUCAAGAAAUGGACACACAGCUGUGUGAGAAGGUGAGCCAAAAUGAGGAAGGGGGUGGAUUGCAGGGGCUUGCUUUUUGUUUAGGGGCUGAAGGUCGGAGGUAUGAUUGAAUUUACUGUGAGGCUAAGUCCAACAUUUAUGAGGAGAUUCUUGUGAGACUAGGAGACUCUUUGCUGUUAAGCCAGGCUCUUUAGGGCAUCCUUGCCUUUUAGUCGGAACUUAGAAGGUAGCAGUUACCCUUUCCACUUAAAAGAAUGAUCCUUCAGUGUCUCACCUUUUCUGGAGUGUCCAGCAUGUAUUCGUUGAAAGCUAUUGCUCUAGGAUAACUCUUGCCAGUUCUCUUCCACCUUUUUGGAAGACUGGGUCUUUGAACAUGGUUUACAUAUUUUAAAAAUAUUCUCUUCUUGUUAGAUAAUCCUGGCUUUGCCACAUUGCCCUUGGCAAGUCAUGUAUUUGGAUUCUGCUUCAGUUUCCUUACCUAUAAAUAAUACCUACUUCAGUUAUUGUAAAGAUUAGAAGAGUUAACAUAUGUUAAGACACUAAUUGGUGGCCUGUACAUACUCUGCACUAUAUAAUUACUACUUUUGGAAACAUAUAGUGUUCACUUAUAAUAAUAACUAUCAUUUAUUCAGUGGUGCCAACCAGUGUACUCAGUAUUUUAAAUUUAUUCUAAUUUGAUUCUCACAACAAUGCUGUGAGGUUGGCUAAUUUAACCUUUUUACAGAAGGAAACAGACUCAGAAGAGCAGUAUAUUGCCUUGCUAAUAACUAUUGAAACUUACUAAAACUAACAUCUUUUGAUAACCAAAAUCCAUUUUACUUCCACUGUGCAACUUGUACAAAUCAGUCAUUAUCAUUACCUGUAUAUUUGUAUUAGGUAUUAAUAAAUUUCCUUAACUACACCAUAAAGUAAUGAAAAGGCCCUGCCCCCAAAGUUCUUAGAGUCUUAUUCCCUCUCUCGUAACGGAACACCUUUAGUCUCCUUCCUGGUUUCUAUACAUGCUUGAGUAUAGUGCUUUAAGCCCCAGUCAUGAGCUAUCUUUUCAGAUUUCAUAGAUAUGCAUGAGAAUGCCAUCCACCAAGUAUGUGUAUUAAUGUCUAGGUUAAAUCUUAAAAAAAAAAAAAAAAUUAGAAAAAGGGAAAGUAAAACCAGCAAUAAAAGUAGUAGUAGCCUUUAUUAGCUUGAGAGGUUAAAUGCCAGCCUGAAAUAGAAAUCCUGUUGGAGGAACACAUUGACCAAGCCUAUAUUCCACAGACAAUUCUGUUCUGUCUGUGGGCAUUCCCUAAAGGUUGAGGAUGGAAAGUGGAUCAAGGUACACAAGGACAUUUCAAAGUGACUCUUGUAGAUAAGUGUUAUAUCUAUCGUAAACUUUAUAAAUAAAAAGCAGUCGACUGGGUAAUAAAAUUUAAAUUAGUAAAUAGUGCCUGUGAUGUUAUCAGAGGAAAGGGAAAACAAUUGUUUUACAUCAGAUGCAUAUUUCUCUAUGUAUAGUUUGAUGAGCUUUUGAGUUGGUUCAUAAGGAAGUCUGAAAAAUGGUCAAAUUGAAGGCAAAAUCAGUAGAAAUCAUUUAUCUGAAACACUGCCAGCAAGAACGUCUUUUUCUCCCCCCUUUCCGAGGCUCACUGCAGGUCACGUGAUGUGUGUCACGUGACUCGGUCAAAGGAGCUUUUCCUCUCAGCUUUGCAAAAAAAAAAAAAAAAAUCCGGAGCCGCCGUUCUCCAAUUAAAGCUGUUAACGUGUACUAGGCUGUUUCCUUGUUGGAUCUUCUUGUUCUCUGCUGCUAGCGUAAAAACAAAAUGAGUGGUCCUGCUCAGGUUCCAAUGAUGUCCCCAAAUGGUUCUGUGCCUCCUAUUUAUGUGCCUCCUGGAUACGCCCCACAGGUUAUUGAAGACAAUGGUGUUAGAAGAGUUGUUGUGGUUCCUCAGGCACCAGAGUUUCAUCCUGGUGGUCAUACAGUCAUCCACCGUUCUCCACAUCCUCCUCUGCCUGGUUUCAUUCCUGUCCCGACCAUGAUGCCCCCUCCACCACGCCAUAUGUACUCACCAGUAACCGGAGCUGGAGACAUGGCAACACAGUAUAUGCCACAGUAUCAGUCUUCCCAAGUAUAUGGAGAUGUAGAUGCUCAUUCUACACAUGGAAGGUCCAACUUUAGAGAUGAAAGAUCUAGUAAAACAUAUGAACGUUUGCAGAAAAAAUUAAAAGAUCGCCAAGGGACACAGAAAGAUAAAAUGAGCAGUCCACCAUCAUCACCCCAGAAAUGCCCUUCUCCCGUAAAUGAACAUAAUGGACUUAUAAAAGGGCAGAAUGCUAGUGGUGUGAACACAGGAUCAGCAAAGAACAAGUCAGGAAAAGGGAAAGGUGUUGCACAAAUUGAUACAGAAAUAGAAGAAAAAGAUGAAGAAACUAAAGCUUUUGAAGUACAUCUUUCCACCAUUCUAAAACCAGUGGCCUCAGACAUCCAGGCAAGGACGGUGGUACUUACCUGGUCACCUCCUUCCAGCCUCCUUAAUGGCGAAACAGAUGAGAGAACUACUGUACCAGAGCUCUAUGGCUAUGAAAUUCUGAUCUCAAGUACUGGAAAAGAUGGGAAAUAUAAAAGUGUCUAUGCGGGAGAAGAAACAAGUGUCACUUUAAAUGAUCUCAAACCAGCUACAGAUUACCAUGCAAAAGUCCAGGCAGGAUACAAUUCUAUAAAGGGAACUCCUUCAGAAGCUGAAACCUUUACCACCUUGAGCUGUGAACCUGACAUACCUAAUCCACCAAGAAUAGCCAAUCGGACCAAAAAUUCACUUACUUUGCAGUGGAAGGCACCUAGUGACAAUGGUUCUAAAAUCCAAAGCUUUAUUUUAGAAUGGGAUGAGGGGAAAGGAAAUGGAGAAUUUUGCCAGUGUUACAUGGGCUUACAGAAGCAAUUUAAAAUUACUAAACUGUCGCCAGCAAUGGGUUGUAAAUUUAGACUAUCAGCCAAAAAUGACUAUGGUACAAGUGGUUUUAGUGAAGAAGUCUUAUAUUACACUUCAGGCUGUGCCCCUUCUAUGCCAGCGAGUCCUGUCUUAACUAAAGCUGGAGUUACUUGGUUAUCCUUACAAUGGAGUAAACCCUCAGGAACACCAUCAGAUGAAGGAAUUUCUUACAUUUUAGAGAUGGAGGAAGAAACUUCAGGAUAUGGUUUUAAGCCUAAAUAUGAUGGAGAAGACCUUGCUUACACAGUGAAAAAUCUCCGACGUAGUACAAAGUAUAAAUUUAAGGUUAUUGCUUACAACUCAGAAGGUAAAAGUAAUCCAAGUGAAGUAGUAGAAUUUACUACAUGCCCUGAUAAGCCAGGAGUACCUGUUAAGCCCUCGGUUAAAGGAAAAAUACAUUCACAUAGUUUUAAAAUAACUUGGGACCCACCAAAAGACAAUGGAGGGGCAGCCAUCACUAAAUAUGUGGUAGAGAUGGCAGAAGGUUCUAAUGGAAACAAAUGGGAUAUGAUAUACAGUGGAGCUACUAGGGAACAUCUUUGCGAUCGACUGAAUCCAGGCUCUUUCUAUCGUUUUCGAGUUUACUGCAUUAGUGAUGGAGGACAGAGUGCGGUAUCUGAAUCUUUGCUUGUGCAGACUCCAGCUGUGCCUCCGGGCCCAUGCCUCCCUCCCAGAUUACAGGGUAGACCCAAAGCAAAAGAAAUACAGUUACGAUGGGGACCCCCUCUUGUCGAUGGUGGAUCACCCAUUUCUUGCUAUGGUGUGGAAAUGUCUCCUGUAGAAAGAGAUGAACCCAGGGAAGUUUACCAGGGUUCUGAAGUAGAAUGUACAGUGAGCAGCCUUCUUCCUGGAAAGACAUACAGCUUCAGACUGCGCGCAGCUAACAAGAUGGGGUUUGGGCCGUUUUCAGAAAAAUGUGAUAUUACUACAGCCCCUGGACCACCAGAUCAGUGCAAGCCCCCACAAGUGACAUGCAGAUCUGCAACUUGUGCACAAGUGAAUUGGGAGGUCCCUUUGAGUAAUGGAACUGAUGUCACUGAAUAUCGAUUGGAAUGGGGAGGAGUCGAAGGAAGUAUGCAGAUAUGUUACUGUGGGCCUGGUCUCAGUUAUGAAUUAAAAGGACUUUCACCAGCAACUACCUAUUAUUGCAGAGUCCAGGCUCUGAGUACUGUGGGUGCAGGCCCUUUCAGUGAAGUAGUAGCCUGUGUGACUCCACCAUCAGUUCCUGCUAUUGUGACUUGUCUUCAAGAAAUAAGUGAUGAUGAUAUAGAAAAUCCCAGUUAUUCACCUUCAACAUGCCUUGCAAUAAGCUGGGGAAAGCCUUGUGAUCAUGGUUCAGAAAUCCUUGCCUACAGCAUAGACUUUGGAGAUAAACAGCCCUUGACAGUGGGAAAGGUUACAAGCUAUAUUAUAGACAAUUUGCAACCAGAUACAACAUACAGAAUACGAAUUCAAGCCUUGAAUGGCCUUGGAGCUGGUCCUUUUAGCCACAUGAUAAAAUUAAAAACUAAACCCCUUCCUCCUGAUCCUCCUCGUCUGGAAUGUGUUGCCUUCAGCCACCAGAACCUUAAACUGAAAUGGGGAGAGGGAACCCCAAAGACAUUGUCUACAGAUUCUGUUCAGUACCACCUUCAGAUGGAAGAUAAGAAUGGAAGGUUUGUGUCCUUGUACAGAGGUCCAUGUCAUACAUACAAAGUACAAAGACUUAAUGAGUCAACAUCCUAUAAAUUCUGUAUUCAAGCUUGUAAUGAAGCAGGGGAAGGUCCUCUCUCCCAAGAAUAUAUUUUCACUACUCCAAAAUCUGUCCCCGCUGCCUUGAAAGCCCCCAAAAUAGAGAAAGUAAAUGAUCAUACUUGUGAAAUUACAUGGGAGUGUUUACAGCCUAUGAAAGGUGAUCCAGUUAUUUACAGUCUUCAAGUUAUGGUGGGAAAAGAUUCAGAAUUCAAACAGAUUUACAAAGGUCCCGACUCUGCAUUCCGGUAUUCAAGCCUUCAGCUGAACUGUGAAUAUCGUUUCCGUGUGUGUGCCAUUCGCCAGUGCCAAGACCCUGUGGGGCAUCAGGACCUUGUAGGUCCCUACAGCACGACAGUGCUCUUCAUCUCUCAGAGGACUGAGCCACCAGCCAGCACCAGCAGAGACACUGUGGAAAGCACGAGGACCCGGCGGGCACUCAGUGACGAGCAGUGUGCAGCCGUCAUCCUCGUGCUGUUUGCUUUCUUUUCCAUUUUGAUUGCCUUUAUCAUUCAGUACUUUGUAAUCAAGUGAAAAUACAACUUUAUUUUUAAUACUGUAUUACAUUUUAUUUUGUCAUGUACUAAAAUUAUUUCUGUAUUGCUUUUACAAAAACAGUGACAUUUAGCACUGGCAUUGAGACUAUAGUUCAUCAUUUUUGCCAUUUUCAAUGCUUAUAUUGUUAGGUAGAGGCUGGCACCUUAUUAGAAUGCAAGCCACAGAAUUAGCAAUUUUGGGGUUUUUGGUUGGGGCUCUCUUUUUUUCUUUUUCUUUUUUUUUCUUUUCGUUUUUUCUUUUUUUUUUUUUCUUUUUUUUUUUUAUGCCUUCUUGUGAAACUUUCUAAGAGGCAAGAAUAUAUAAUUGAUAUUUUGACCAGUCAGCAUGAGUGUAACAAUGACAACCUGACCUGUUUGUUUUAAAGAUUAUUACCUAGUGAAAAAUUCAGAAUGAUUAAAAUUUACACUAACAUGCUAUAUAAAAAUGUUAAAGUAUGAUGCUGUGAAAGCAAUCUAGUGCUAUAUUUCUACCUCCUCAUUUGUCUUAAUUAUUUGGUAAGCAGGAUUAUGAUGAAUAACUGGAGGGGCUUAGCAAACGAAAACUGGAUGAAAGAAUAUGCAUGGAAAAAAGAAGCUUCUUGUUUGAUAAAUGUGGAGUUCUUCAUUACAAGUAUAAUUCAUGAAUUCACAGAUAAGUCACUUAAAGAAAGCACAGACAGUUUACUUGGCCUAAAAACAUUUUAAUGUUUACUCAAAAAACACAUGUUCAGGUCUUGAGAACAUGGAAAAGUAAAGAGGGCUUUUAGAUAGUUACUUUUUUAAAGUAAUCAUAUCAAUUCUGAAUUUCAGAUCUAUUUAAUUUGGUUUUGUGAGCCUUUGAACUCUAUGUAUGUGUAUAUGGGCAUGCACAUACAUACACGGCUUUAUAUAUACCAAGUGUAGAAAUAGAUACACACACUCUCUCUCAUUCCUUCUAUCUAGUAUAGGCUAAUUUUGAAGAACUCCUGUAAGUUUUGCUGCUUCUUCCAUAACUACUGCCAUCACCAUCAGAAUUCAUAAUCAAACCUAACCUUUUUGUUUGGGGCACCAAAUCUGAAGACAAAAUUAAUUUGCACCAGUAAACUUCAAGCUGCUUUCUUUCUUGAAAAACUAAUGUUUAAUGUAAUGUCUCUUUGGAUACUGUUCCAGUUGUUGAUUGCAUGUGGUUAAUGUUGCAUUAGAGCACUUUGCAAUUGCAUAAUUCAUUAAUGUUUUGUGAGCUUGCAUUUGUGAGUUAUUGGAUGAUCAGACUGAAUUUUGUCGAGUAUCACAUUGUACAUCUUGCAUAGAUGUCCAUGACUGCCAGUAAUAAUACAGUUUGUAGUGAAACUAUCUAAAAUUCUUGUUCUAUCACAUCUGUUAUCUGUAAAACACUUGUAACUAGCCUUUUUAAUUUAUUAUUUGAAUUUUAGGAUAGUGAAUCACUAAUUUUUAGUUGCUGAGGCCUAGCAUUGUAGUGAUUACUAAGCACUUCUGUCAGUCUUUGAGAAAAGGACAUGUUUUGUGCUUUGAAGAUCUCUGAAGACUUUCUCUUAUAUUAGAAUGGACAUAUAUUGUAAUUGUUUUACAUCAGUUGAUCUGUGCUGUAGAAAAACAUUAACCUUUGUUCAAAAAAAGAAAUGGAUAAACUUGGCCUUCCCAAGUGUUAAGAAUGAUCUGUCACUAUAAAAUACUGUAUGUUUACAUUUUUAUUUAAAUUUAAUCUCUUAUGUAUAGGCUGAUAAUUUCCCCCAAAACAACAGUGAUUGAGAUUGUUUUCUAGAAACUUCUUAAAAGCGCCACAUUUGGCAGUACAAAUGAGUUUGAGUGUAAUAGCCCAGAGAUUUCUAUAUAGUUGAAUGUCUAAAAUGGUAAAAUGUGUCACUGUGGCAGUUACAGUGGCUUAUGUUUUUCAUAGUAAAUCAAAUGAACUCCUAUUUUUGAUAGUAAAUGUCAUUUAAUAGUGUACUUGCCAUUUGAGCCUCACUGCAAAAUUAGUGCAGCAGAGAAAACAAUUUUUAAUGUAAUCUUGAUUUUACCUCAUAUACUGUACAUUCCAAAAACUCUAAACUUUUUAAAGAUUAUAGAUACACUACCAAACAUAUCACUUUAAAAAUUGUAUAAGGUUGAACUUCAUACAGAUGAAAAAAUAUAUAAUCUCAUAAAAGUACAUAAACUGUGUAGCAAAGUAUCUUUAAAAUCCAUGGAAAAUAAAAGUUGUAUCAUUCUUUUU